AUGCAUAAGCAUUGCCUUCGAUAUCUGGUCAUUUUUAUGCGCGGGUAUCGUAUGUGCAAACAUAAACGGAUAUAGAUAUGAACUUCACGUGUUUUUGGUCAUGAUGUGUGUCUCCCUUCUCAGUGGAGAGCACCACAUCAAGUGCACCGAAAUCCUUGACAUUGGUUCCCUUAAUCUUUUCUCCUUUGCUAUCGAAUUUCUUCCUCGAUGAUGUCUGCGACCUCCUGCUCUGCCUCGGGUAACGGCUGUGGUUCUCCGCCGCAUACCGUCGUGAGCGACCACUCACCAGCUGUCUGCCUUCUCACUUCUAAAAGGGUUUCUCAUUCAUAUCAUGCGCGUCAACAAGACAAAACCACAACAUCUUCAAUGUCUCCUUCAGUGGCUCAAAACCAAUCGUGUCCUUCCAGUCCCUGCACUCUAUCUCCCGCGACGCGGGGACUCCCAACGUCCCCUAGGGACGAGAACUAUCGAUUGCGGGGAGAGUAUUUGUGUCAGGAAAGUGGAAAUACUGAAAAAGGUGGUGACAAGCUAUCUUCAGUUAUCGAUGAAGAGAGAGUGUUUUUCUCCCACAAGUCACCUUGUCCGUCUUCUGACACUCCAACAGCGCGGGGAGAAAAAAACAGCAUACGCGUGGCAGUCGACGAGCUCGAAGGUCUUCUCGACUUGGACAAACAAUGCCAACAAACAGCAAGGCACUUGAAACUCCAGCAGCUGAUUCUCAUGAGAGAACGAAAUGCGUAUCUGGAAAAACUACGCGAAAUCGAACGUUUCUGCGAGACAAAGAACUGGAAGGAUGACCAGCAUGAGGAGCAGGAGUUGCUUGAUCUACUCAAAGAUAUUCUGUACUCUGAAGACGCUGAGCCACUGUAG